AUGGACCCUCGCGGCGGAAGGGCCGUUGCGGCGUCCGCGACGAGAAUGGCGAGCGGCAGCACUCCGAAAGUGAAUGCGGCGGCGGGCUUUGCGGCGACGGCGGCGACGGUGGGAGGGGUAGCGGCCUUUGCGGCGACAGAGGCGGCGGCGACGGCGACGGGUGCGGACGAGGACGACGAGUGGUUGAGCAUGGACGUCGCGCGGGAGUGGGAGGGCACGGUAGCGGCUGAAGCCAAUCGGCGGGGAACGCGCGAGCGCGAGACGAGCAGCACGGGCUGCUACGGGCCGUCCUCGGAGCGCGCGAACGGGUCAAAGCGCCAGGCCUGCGCGAAUCGCGCUGGCGACGCGCCGGCGACGCUAGGGACCCUUGCGACGGCGGCGCUGUCGCCCGCGAUUACUGCUGGAGAUGCUGCGACGGUCGCGAGCGACAAUGUCUCUGGUGGAGGGUCGGAUUGGCGGGACGGGGGAAACCACGCGGCGGCGUUUCCCCCGGCGGGAGAAGCGGGCUGCGCGUCAGGGGUGGCCGGAAGCCAUGGGGGAACCAGACGGCGCGGGGAGGCGCAAACGGGGAGCCAAGGGGGAAGCCAUGUUCCGCCAUAUGCGGGAGGGGAGGAGGGCGCGCGGGAGGACAGGAAGCACAGGCGCAUGGUGAGCAACCGGGAGUCUGCUCGACGGUCGAGAUUGCGCAAGCAAACGCACGUGGAUGCAAUGAAGCUCAAGGCGUGCAGGCUGCAAGGCCACAACACGGACAUGGCGGCGCGCCUCACAACAGCCUCGGAGAAUCUAAACCAGAUCACGCGGGAGAAUCGGCUGCUGCGAUCCCAAGCCACCGACCUCUCGCGCCGCCUGCAGCGGCUACAGUACCAGAUCGCUGCAGCGCAGCACUCGCACGCCCACGCCCAGCUCUCCCACUCACAGGCUCAGUCCUACGCACACGCCGCGCUUCCCCCGUAUCCACACACGUCAUCCCUCUCCCCGCACGCCUUCUCCUCCGCCUUAUAUGACCCUCCUGCUGCAUCUGCCGCCGCUGCCGCCGCCGCUGCUGCUGCUGCUGCCGCUGCCGCUUCUGCGAUGCAUUAUGGUGGUAUUGAAGACCGGCUUCAUAUGCUGGAAUCUCCCAGGCUCAGCCUCCACGGAGGGAUGUUUUCUCAGGCCUUGCCAGGCCAUGGACUAGGCUCGGGCUUGGGAGGCAUGGGAAGCAUGGGGAGGAUGGGGGGAAUGGGCGGCAUGGGGGGGAUGGGAGUGCUCAGCAGCUUAGGAGCUGCGUCCAGCUUGCCGGGAUUAGAUGGGAUGGGAAGGCUGGACUCGCACUUGAGCGGCACUUUGGGCGGGCCGGGCCAUGCUUUUGCUGCGAAGCCGACGGCGAUUCUGUCCGGAAUGGAUCCUGCUGCAGCAGCCGCCAGUGCAGCAGCAGCGCACUGCCGAGCACAGUAUGGGUUGCACUUGGCGUCAGGAUAUUCAGCAGGCACGGGCUAUGCUCCAUCUCCCGGUCUCUUUGAUCCGUAUUAA